GUUUAAGUCACGUGGUUGCAGAGCGGACGGGUCUGUGUGAGCAGUGACACACUUUCAAGCAGACGACUUAGGCUUGUAAACACGAAGCGGAUUCAGACGAAGUUUCAUCUUACUUCAGAACCAUGGUAGGGCAACACUCGUCAGCAGGAGGCAUGGCAGCAUUAGUUUCCUCAAUGGAGAUCCAGGUUGCAGUGGCCACGUUUAUUGCGUCCUUCGCAACUAUCAAGUUAUUCAGAUACUUUCAAAGUAAUAACAACGCAGCCCCUGGACCGUGGGGAUACCCAGUCCUCGGCCAUCUGCCUCUCCUGGGAACUGAGCCUCACGUCACCUUCCAAAAGCUACGAAUGAAAUUCGGGGAUGUUUUCCGCAUUCAACUAGGCACCUGGCCAGCUCUCGUAAUCAAUGGCAAGAAAGCAAUUAAGGAGGCCUUAGUGGAACAAGGUGACGCAUUCUCUGGACGACCGCAGUUCUACACAACGUCAUCGUCUGUCCUUUAUGAUGGUCAAGGUGUAAGCUUUAGUCAGUUCAGUCAGGACUAUUUACGACACAGAAAAAUGGCCAAUAAAGUCCUUGCAACUUUCGCAAAUGCCAAAUCCAAUCCAAUGGAAGAGGCUAUUCACCGAGAGAUAGAUACAGUUGUUGACUCAUUUGCUUCCAAAAGAGGAACAAGUUUCUGUCCGCACGAUGACGUGUUUCUUGCUGCGGGAAGUAUCAUAUACCAGAUCUGCUAUGGUCGCCAGGAAGACAUCAGAGAAAGGACGGACUUCACAGACUUCAUCCUGCAAUCUAAAGAGUUCACUGAGACAGUAUCGACAGGAAAUCCAAUUGACAUAUUUCCCUGGCUCCGAUUUGUGAUCCCAUGGACAUUGACUAAUUUUCGCCGGUUAAUCAAGAAAUUCAUUGAGUCGCGUAAGAAAAAAGUGGAGGAACAUGUGACUACCUUUGAUCGUAAUCACCUCCGUGACGCUACUGAUGGGUUUGUAGACAUCGUUGACAGCAACAGCGAGGACGUGCAGGUGUUGGGUAGUGCUCGGAUCUUUUCAACAAUUGACGAUUUGUUUGGUGCAGGGUUUGGAACGGUGGCUACCACCAUGGAGUGGGCGACCAUGUACAUGGCUGACAAUCCACAGGUUCAGGCUAAGGUACAGCAGGAGAUUGACGACGUUGUGGGGCCGUCUCGGAGACCAACGUUAGAAGACCGCGGAAAGAUGGUGUACACCGAAGCCUGCAUACACGAAAUCAUGCGCAUCACUGCACUAGCUCCUCUAUCACUACCGCAUUAUACUACAACUGACAUCACGUUUCAAGGAUACAGCGUAAAAAAGGACACCGUCGUCUUCAUCAACCUCUACUCCAUGAGCCACGACCCUGACGUGUGGGGCGACCCGGAAGUGUUCCGUCCUGAACGUUUCCUGGACUCUUCCGGGCAGAUCAACAAAGCUCUGCUGGAGGAGUUCCUGCCGUUUGCUACUGGAAGGCGGAAGUGCCUUGGAGAGUUCUUGGGCAGGAUGGAAAUAUUCCUGUUCUUUACUGGUCUGUUGCAGAAGUGCUCCUUCAGCAGACCUCCAGAAGUUGCGGAAUACGACUAUGGGGUUGGUGUUGGGUUCGUUCGAAACCCGAAGCCAUUUGACGUUCAGGUCACAUUGCGAUAUUAGCCAUUAUGACCUUGAAAUCAUGGAUGUUUGUCACGGUAGAGAUUAGUGGUGUUGAGCACUUUAAUACACUAAACAUGACAAUACGUGGUGUAGAGGGACACGUUUAAUGGAUAGACAACUUCUUUAUUGCAAUAGAUGCGAUGUUUCGAUGUAGAACACCGUUAUCAAGCAUGUGAUGAUAACGUCGAUCUAUUGCAACAAAGAAGUUGUUUAUCCAUAACAAAUGUUCCUAUUCAUCAUACCAGCUUGUAAAUGCCACUUAAACAAGUAAUGCAUGGUGUACAUACGACUUAAUGGGAAUACAUGUUGGUUUCCUUUACGAAGAUUUCUAUUCAUUUUUUAUAGUUUAGGUUAUAGUAUGAUUGCUUAAAUUUAGAUUUGUUUUCGUGUACUGGUAAAACCAUUUCGUUUCAUUCAGUCAUACCUUCAGCAUGAGAUGUUGAUAA